AUGGUUGAUCCUCAUGCAAUGUCAGCCUGGCAAUGUUGGGCAGCAUAUUGUUCCCUGUUUGCGACAUCAUACCCCCGCUGGACCAUUCGAUUGAUACGGUGGAAUCAAUCUGGAUCUGCAAGGCUGUGUGAGGCGGGCUGUUCUGUGGCAACCACAUUGGGCGUCGUGAAUUUGUCAUGGGGAGACUACUGGAGCGACAUGAUGGCAUCAUUACUGGCAUCCAGCUUGCCAAUCAAGCCAGUCGAACCGGACUGUCCGGAUCUGUUGCUUUGCGGCAUGUUUCAGGAAAGUUUGAAAGAGGACGACAGCGUCGAACCGACAUAUUCCAUCGAAUCCGUGACGUUAACGGACUACAAAAGGGGCGUUUUUACUCCGCACACUAUCCAGCAUGUCGUGUCAGGCCAAGUCAGCAUUGACUCUGUACUUGGAUUCCAUCUGGAUGCCAGUCUCGAAACAUGUGAAUUUGCCUUGGGAUCGGCGAGGAUACUUUCAAGCAGGUCCUCUCAGAGAGUCGUACAAUUUUGCUUGACCCCAUUUUGGGGAGAGCUUUGUUGUCAUCUCACUGCCCAGUCUUCCAUGCGCCUUUCUGAUUUCGGGAAUGCGAAAGAUGAAUUCCCCCCUUUUGCCCAUCCGCUCGAAUACGAGGCAGGGUAA